AGGGCUACGUUAUUGUCAUUACAAUAUCCCGACCCCGGACGUUUGAAUCCACAGUAAAGGCGUUACGCCCGUGAUCUAGCCUAAUAAAGGUUGUCAUGCAAGGCGGGGUGGAUUGUUCGUCUCAUCAGGUCAUGUGACGUGACAUUAGAUCGUGGCCUAGAGGCUUUUGAUGCUAGCUAGCUGUUGGCUAGCUAAAGGAUCGGGGUGCAGUAGGGCAGCUAUGCAGGUGAUUUCAUCUUUACCUAUGUUCCAACCUCGGAAGUCCCGUCCUCACUUCUCAGGCACGAGGUGCUUGCUCUCUUUUUAAGAUGGCCGAUCCGGUUUCCGCAGUUGGUCUCGUCGCAGCUGCUGUCCAGCUUACCGAGCUCGCUGUUAAGGUCGUGAAGCGCAUAUCAGAUUUCAACUCAACCAUUAAGCAGACACCUAAAGCCUUCCAAGAGGUCCAAAUUCAACUUCCCCUCAUCAUUGAGUCUGUAGGGCGUAUCAAGGAACAGACAGACCAAGGACUGCUAAGCGAUUCCUCCAGAAACGCGGUUUAUGCUGUUAUUGAAGCAUGCCAACAUGACACUCGUCUUUUGGACAAGCUCAUCACUGAAUUACUUCCGAACUCGACCGACUCGAUUAGGAAGAAGACUUUAAAGGCCUUGACUAGUUUGACACAUGACAAGGAAAUUAAUAAAAUUACGGAAGCACUUCGCAACCGCACCUAUCUACUGGCUCUUCAUAAAGUCGCCAAAGACGGUAUUGAGCCAUUGCAAUCUCCGGAACCUUGUGAGCCAUUUUGGCUAGUGCCGUUUGACCGCAACGUAUCGUUUGUUGGUCGACACGAAAUAUUCGAAAAGAUCAAUGAAGCUUUCAUAGUUCCCACAGGGAGUCAAUCAAAGGCUGCGUUAACUGGAUUGGGUGGCAUUGGGAAAUCUCAGAUUGCACUCGAAUACUGUCAUAGACGACGUGAGCAGAAUUGUGAAUGCUCCAUCUUCUGGGUAAAUGCAGCUACUGUUGCCCAGUUCGAGGAGUCCCUCAAUAAUAUCGCAGUAAUGUGCGGUCUUGUCGCCCGCAAUAGCGGCCAAGCUGAGGGCGCAUCGUUGGUACAGCCCUGGCUAGAGUUCCGACAUCAAGGGCCUUGGAUGAUGGUAGUAGACAAUGCUAAUGAGAGAGACAUAGUCUUCAACCAGAAAAUGCGCAAUGGAAAGACACCAUGGCAAUGCAUACCCCGUCGUAAUGGUACUCUCAUUUUUACAACAAGAAGCUACGAACUAGCCUAUGAUUUAGCUCGCCCUUCGCGCCCUAUUUAUAUACCACUGAUAGGCGAGGCUGAAGGGGUUGAGCUAAUCCAGAAGCGACUCGGGCUUGGCUUUCCGAAAAAUCUCAUGAUUGAGCUUCUGGAGGAACUAGAUCAUAUCCCACUCGCUAUCACACAAGCGGUUUCGUUCAUGAUAAAAAGAAGGAUAGACAUACCACAGUACUUAGAACGAUUCCGAAAGAGUGACGACACAAAAAUGCGAAUGCUUGACUACGAAUUCAUAGACCAUGGAAGAACUGCCGAAUCCCCUGAAUCAGUGGCCAAGACUUGGGAACUAUCUUUCAAUAGCAUCAGAGAAGAUAAUCAAAAGGCGGCAGAUAUGCUGUAUCUCAUCAGCUUCUUUCAAAAUCACGGUAUCCCAGAACGAAUCCUACGCAGCGAGGAUGAUGACGAGUUCGACUUCGAAGAUGCAAUGACCAUCCUGAGCGACUACUCUUUUGUCAACGCCGAUAAUACUAGAGUACGAUUUCAUACACACUCUCUUGUGCAACAUGCUACUCGGCAUUGGCUCCGAAGUCAAGGUCCUACUGAAGUUACGGCGUGGAGAUUGACCGCGUUGAAGUCCCUUGCCCGUGAAUUCCCCGAAGCAACUUCACAUCCCAAGCAGGAUUACUGGGAAACUUGUGAAAUACUCCUUCCACAUGCCGAGUCACUACUCGCGUACGAUUUUAAGAAGUCCGAACAAGAUAUUCAGCUUGAGAGGGCACGGUUGUUGAAUAGCACAGGUAGGUAUAUUCAUUGGAUUGGAAGAUACAGUGACGGUCGUAAGAGGUUCCGGACUUCUUGGGAUAUUAGGAAGCAAUACCUAGGCGAGGCUCAUGUUGAUACCUUGAAAAGCAUGGGUUUAUAUGUCUGGGCAUUGAGCUUCCAGGGCGAGCCGGAAGCUGUUGAGCCUGGUUAUCGUUUGCUCGAACUCCGCCAGGAAAUCCUUGGCCCCAACCAUGCCGAUACUAUUGACUGUCUUAGUGAUCUCGCAACAGCUCUAGCCAAGACCAACCAAUAUGCGGAGUCUAUUAAAUUUCACCGGGAUGCUGUGAGCCGUGGCAUAGCGCACCUGGGGAUUAACGACCUGGACACCCUAAAUUGCCAGAAUGCAUUAGCCUCGACUUUAAUGGAUGUGGACGAAUAUCAAGAAGCUUCGGAGAUAUACAAAGAAGUCUACGAGAUAAAGAAAAGCAUACAAGGACCAGAUCACCCCGAUUUUCUAGUCAUAGAGUCAAACUUUGCAUUGUGCCUUGUCGGACUCGGCGAAAUACCCAGAGCAAUAGAACUAAAUCAGCAUUGUCUUGCGUCCAAGGAAAAAGUCCUGGGAAUCGACCACCCAGAAACGAUCAUCUCAGCAUAUAACUUAGGUGAUUUGUAUUUCAGGGAGGGUCACAGGGAGGAAGCGAUAAAACUCUAUGAUCGGAUUAUAGAUGGUUGCGAAGCUGGUCUUCGAAGAGAGACUGUCGAUGGCAAGGAAUACCUUGAUCUUAUUCGGAGGCGAAGAAGACCGAUUUCAUACGGACGACUCCCACCGCUUCCCGAGUAAAGGGCAUCAUUGCCUUAGGGAAUCAACUACAUACAGUGUCCUUCUUCUUGAGCUAUCUCAACCUUGAAAUGCUGUACCCAGCUGGCACUUUCUUUUGGUGGAUCUAUGCCAUCAAUGACCCAGCGAGGACCAUCGAGUGUCUAAACGAUAAU